AUGACUUCUAAGAGGCUACCCGCUGACACUUGUGACAGGCCGCUUUACAAAAUAGUGGUUGUAGGUGAUGGAGGUGUUGGAAAGUCUGCACUAACAAUCCAGUACUUCCAGAGGAUGUUUCUCGAAGAACAUGAUCCUACGAUUGAGGACUCAUACAUCCAAAACGCUGAGAUCGAUAAUGAGCUGUGUAUGUUGUAUGUACUGGAUACUGCAGGACAGGAGGAGUUUAGUGCAAUGCGAGAGCAGUAUAUGCGCAUAGGUCAAGGAUUUAUCAUUGUAUACUCAGUGACAGAUCCUCAGAGUUUUGAAGAAGUUCAAAGAUUUCACAAAGAAAUUUCACGGUGUAAAGACUGUGGUUCUUAUCCUAUGAUAUUGGCAGCAAAUAAGAUUGAUUUGUCUCAACAACGCCAAGUUUCGGAAGAAGAGGGUAAACGUCUAGCCACUUAUCUCCAAGUUCCUUACAUUGAAACAAGUGCUAAAGAUCCUCCAGUUAAUGUAGACAAAAUGUUUCACGAUAUGGUACGAAUUAUCAGAAAACUGCCUCCACCGCAAUUAAUCUCGAAAGGUGAUCGUAAAAAAGUUCGUUGUUUGUUAUUAUGA